UUUCGGUAGUUAUUCUGAUUGUUUAUUUCGCGCAUUAUGUUCUGCAACUUCUCGCGACUACCAGCUCGUUUUUUAUGCUUUUUCAGUCAGUGUUGUGUGGUUUAAUUCGAUUUUGUUUCACUCUUGACAUUACCGUGUAGUUUUCCGUCGACUCUCACAAGUUCUCGCUUAUCGGUUGGUGACUGAUCGUGAAGUAAUCACGCAUUGAUGUGCGAAGUUCCGAUUUCGAACAAUGGCGGACCUAACCGACAGCAAGAUAAACGUCGCUGCCCUGAAGCGAGUGGAUCCGUACAUCAAGGAUAUUAUUGACUCGGCAACUCAUGUCGCGUUGUACGCCUUCAACUCGGAAGAUAACGAAUGGGGCAAGACCAACAUCGAAGGUGCGCUGUUUGUGUACAGUCGCUCGGGAGAGCCGCUUCACGGUAUGCUCGUAAUGAAUAGGCUCAACACCAACAACCUAGUCGAACCGUUAAUCAAAGGCUUAGACGUUCAGUUACAAGACCCGUUUCUCCUGUACCGGAACUCUCAAGGAAGCAUUUUCGGGAUAUGGUUCUAUGACAAGCAAGAAUGCUACCGCAUAUCCGAUGUUGUCAUCAAUCUUGUCAAAACGGCUGUUGAACCGAAAGCGCCCCCUGCCACGCAGAAACAUGCCCCUGUCUCGAAAGACACAGAUAUCUUCUCCAUGCUUAGCAAAGCUCAAGAAGAGUACAACACUACGACUAAAGUGCCCGUCAAGAAGAAUGGAUUAGAAGCGCAUCAAUAUGAGGCUGUCGAAUUAACUCAGCAGUUCAAGAUGGACCAAAGUGUGAUGGACUUCUUCGCUAAAGCCAGUGGCAGCAGCGGAUCCCAUUUUGUUGACAAUCAACCGCAACCCAGAGGUAUGUUCAUGGCUGUCAAACACUUACCGCCUCCUGGAAUGCCUCCAGGUUCCAUUGGCGCUCCGCAGCACCAAACAAACAUGAAACCCAUCCUAGACAAGCUGAAGUCAAACCCUGUGCAUUCCGUUGAACACAUUGAAAAGCAGCAGAGGUCUCUGACUCCACAGUCUGAGAUUCAUUCUAUCAAGGCUAACUCUACACCUAAGUCUAAUGUGAAAGAAGCUAAACGGUCUGCAAAGCCAAGCAAGAGUUCCUCACGAGAAAGCACUAAUCGAAAGAAGCAGCUAAACAAUGUAGGUAAAGUAAGUGAAGAUUUAAGUGUUCUCAGAGUUAAUGAAUCUUCGGAAUCUGUUGAUAUUCCAUCCCAGAUGUUUGUUAAUUCUAAACUAGUUGUGGCACAUCUACCAGCUACAGGUGGUGAAGGUACCCUUCCUACUAAACUCAUUGAACAGCGUAGUAGUGUUACAGCUCAAAUUGAUACUCCCAACAAACCAGCACUCAUGCCUCCAGUGAUGUUUGCUGCCUCAGCGAAUGACACUGCUGCAUCACCUGCUCUCAAUAGUUUCCCUGUCCAAACCAACAGUACGAAUGAUGUUAGGAUAGAACCCCUAACAAAGAAUCAAUUACUUCAAGCCCUAAAUUAUCUUAUCAAAAAUGACAGUGAUUUUAUUAAUAAAAUUCACGAAGCAUAUUGUAAAUCCUUAGUCAACUGAACUGUGUAGUAUGUAAACGAAUUCUCUUGCACAAGAUAAGUAAGCGGCAGUGAAAGGAAUGUUUAUGACUGAGCAGUGCUGCGUUCCUCUGAGAUUCUUAAGAAAUGUGUUGUUUUGGCAUUUGGCCUAUUAGCCUGUGCCUUUAUUCAAAGUGAGCUGUCUCUGACCAGAAUAUUUCUUCAACUGUCUCUUUUCUAAGUCUGAUGAAAUGAUAUUUUGCAGCGUUCUCACUUUGGUAAGGAACUUGAAGUCCUUCCUAAUAUAUUUUGAAUUCUCUAGGGAGAAGGGGCCUCUUGCUGUCCUUCAAAACCCAGGAAUAUACCAAAAUAUUAUCUAUUCGUACAGUAUCUCUCCAAGUUUGAAUUUUGAAAUUCCUCUCCCACAGUCAAUUCCAAAGUGACACUGCGCUGCAAAAUUUCUCUUCACCAUAUCCGAAUUAUUGUAUCUACACCUCCUCAUUCUCUUUGUGUCUCUUUUAUAAGUGUCAUCCAACUUUGACUCACAUGACUAUCCUUUUUUCCUGUUUCUUAAAUUUCAUUCAGUUUUAUUUCAUGAUUCUUAGGUUUUUUAGUUUUUUUAUCGAGAAUUUUUCUCUUGACACCCUCAAUGAUGGAGGAAUUCUCUCAUGAGUUAACUAUUCCACUCCGUAAGAAAUCUGACCUACGUCUAAAGCUUGUAUGUAACACUGUACAUACUUCUUUUAAAUUUGAGUUGUGGCCAUCUAAAUUUUGUCGUACAUGUUCUCCCUCACUUGCUAAUGGGUUUGUUGUAGAAUUUAGUCAGAGCAAGAAGAGUUGUAUGCUAUUGAAAGUGGCUCAAUAAUCACAAUCAGCACACUGGGAAAGCAUAAAAUUUACUCCUAGCCAAAUGAUUUGCGCAUUUUCUAGCUUCCCGCCUCUAAAACUAUUACAUGGCAAAGACCUAAUUUGAAAUAUAUGAAUGGCCAUGGUUUCACAACUUCAUAGAAAGCGAUGGAUAGUUGCUGUCACUUGGCACAGUUCCUCAAUUAUAAACUAAUAUUAUAACAAACACCAUUUAUCCGACAUUCUCUCUCCUUCUUUUCAAAUUUUGUUAUAAGUAGAAUUAUUUUUUUAUUUUUUGCUUUUACUUGAAGAAUAGUGGCACAUGAUAUCAGCCAUUUUUAGCUUCAUGUGAAUUUUCUUUAUGAGCGCUAAGGAACCAAAGAGUGUAACCUAAUAUCCUUUUUGAUACAGGAAGCUAGAAAAUGCGCUAAUUUUUUAUGCUGAUUAUGAAGUUAGGACCAAUUUACUUUCGAUGAUGACUAAGCCAUUUUCCUUAAGAAACAACUCUUCACGCUUCAGCUAAAGCUCGCAACGACUCAUUGUCAUCUGUCAUCUCAAAGUUUACAUUACAGUUCAUCCAUCUAACCAAAAUCUGUUUGAAAUUUGGAAUGUAAUAAAACUCCCAAAAUCUGCAUUUGUCUGAAGUUCUCAGUACACUAUGAUGAAGAGUCCAUCAUUUGCCUCAGACUCUUUUGUUCUCAGUAGAGGUAUCUCGCACGUAUUAUUUUUUACUUCAUCUCAUCUUACACUUCAAUUUUUCUGGAGUGACAGGAUCAUUUCAAAUCCAUCCCCUGUAUUUUCCUCCUCUUUUUCUUUGCCUCCAGUUCUAAAAUCUGCUUGUAUCGUAGCAUCUCAUUUUUCUUCUUUGAACCUUUGGUUACAACGAUCUGCAAAGGCAGAACAAUUUUUCCUGUCACCCAAAUGGUACCAGUCUCCUUGGAAAGUGUGAA